AUGACUGGGAUUCCACUCUGCGUCCAGGACGUUGGCGUUGGUCGAUACCGCAUCUAUGAGCAGAGGAUAUCAAAGACGCUGAAGAGCGAAUUCGGAUCCUGUCAAGAUCACGGGAGCUUUUUUGAUUUAUCAAACCCAUUUUACCGGGCGGGGGUGUGUGACGACGAAAAUGUGAAUGAGAAAGAACUGCUCCAUGGGCUGAACGAUCGUUUCGCCGGAUUCAUAGAGAAGGUGCGUCAUUUAGAGCAUCAAAAUGAAUUGCUCGAGAGGGAAAUCGAGGAAAUCAAACAGAAGGCACAGUCCCCUGCUUCUCUGGCCCAGGAGCACGAGCCGGAGUUUAGGGAUCUGAGGAAAUUAUUUCAUGACAUCACCCUUCAGAAGCGUCAGAUCGAGAUAGAGCAUCAGAACCUGGAGGAAGAUUUCCUCACCUUGAGAGACAAGUACGAGCAGGAGGCGCGUGACCGCUCGGACGCAGAGAACGGCAUCCUUGUGCUGAAAAAGGACGCCAACGAUGCAUACCUCGCCAAACUUCAGUUGGACAAGAAAGCGCAGUCUCUGGUGGACGAGAUCCACUUCCUGAAGAAGAACCAUGAGGACGAGGUAUCGGAGAUGGUGGCCCAGAUCCAAGAGGCUCAGGUAACGGUCAAGGCACACGACUUUUGCAAACCCGAAAUCACUGCGGCUCUCCGGGACAUCCGUGCACAGUUAGAAGGUCACGCUGCCUCCGACAUUCAGCAGGCGGAGGAGGGCUUCCGUGUCCAGUUCGCAAAGUUAACCAAAGCGGCCGAGAGUAACAGAGAGGCCAUGAAGGCGACCCAGCAGGAGAUCCAGGAGAAUAGAAGGCGCCUGCAGGUAAAAAAUAUUGAACUGGACUGCGGGAAAGGAACGAGAGAGGCCCUGGAAAAACAACUACACGAGCUGGAAGAGCGUCACUAUGUGGAAAUGAUUCAUUACCAGGUAGGCUGUGGUUUAUUUUGUACCUCUAAUCAUUGUAAAUAAACAUACGCAUUUUUAUGAUUCAUAUUUGCAUUCAGGCCUAUGUUGUAGGUGUCAGCAACAAAUAUAGGCCCCAUGUGAACUAUACCAUUAUUGGAAUAUAAUUUCCUCAUAUAGGCCUAUUGGGGUAGAACAUUAUCCCCCCCCCCCCCUAAAUUUCUCCCUGUUGUCAUACCAACCAAAGUGGCUGGUGGACACUAUUAUUGACUCUUUGUGUGUGCUUUUCUGUCCAGGACACUAUCAGGCAGCUGGAGAAUGAGCUGACCAAUGCUAAACUAGACAUGUCUGGCUACCUGAGAGAGUACCAGGACCUGCUGAAUGUCAAAAUGGCUUUGGAUGUGGAGAUUCUCUCUUACAGGUAAGAGACAUCAACUCCAUCUCUCCCAUAUAUCAUAUAAUUGACUGAGGAAAAUACCAUAUAUUUUAUAGUGUGUUCCUGGAUCUUUUUCUGAGGAUAACCAGGGGGUGUGCAUUUUAUUCUAGCCCAGCACUAACACAUCUGAUUCAACUUAGUGCUGGGUUAGAGCAAAACUGUGCAAAAGUGUCAUAGUGUUAGUGAGGGAUUACUACAAAACACAGUAAAUAGUGAACAAUGAAGAAAGACCAAUCAAAUUAAACAGUAGACAUUUUAUUGAAAUAGUUUGAUUUCAUAUUUAACCUGAACUGACCAUAGACCAUAUCACAACACAGAAUGACACUUUAAUCAUAAUAUGGAUAUUCAGACACAUCCACACACAUUGGUAGCGUCGCAAGCCGCCUGAUCUGGCGAGCUCACAUGGAUGUGCACAGCGGUGAUCAGUCUGGUAUUUACGAGGCUAACACAUUGGGACAUAUCCAUUCAUAGUCAUGACGGUAAUAACAGGUCUUUCUGUCUCCCUAUAGGAAACUCCUGGAGGGUGAGGAGUCCCAUCUGUACACCAUCUCUGACACCCACAUCUCCAUGCCCUGCAUCUACAACCAGCCCCCCGUCUACACCCUGCCUUGCCUGGCCCGGCAGGGAGGUCCCACACGUAGAUCUGUGCCCCAGUACAAGUUUGUAGAGGAGAUCAUAACUGAGACCACCAGAGAGGUGGAGAUGUCCGAGAUCGAGGAGACAGGCUCCGAGGAGAGAGGCUCCGAGGAGACGGUCGGGGGACAGGGAGAGGAGCUGAGACAGAAGCAGGGAGAAGAGCGUGACAAAGCUGAUAGGAGGAGUGGGGAAGAGGAGGAUGAAGAGAAAGAGAAAGAUGGAAGUAAAGUGGAUCUUGAAGUGGACGCCCCAGAGGAAAAGGGUGAACAGGAGGAAGAGUCUAAGAGACAGCAGAUGGAAACAUCAGCAGAGGUAGCGAUGAAUGGAGAUGGAGUUAACCCUAGCGAGGGAGAAGAUGGAGAGGAAGGAGAUGACGAAAGAGAGGAAAAGGGGGAUGAGCCAGAUGAAGUAAAAAAGACAGAGGACAUUGACAGAGGUGAAAAAACACCAAGUGAAGUCAAAUCAGCUGAGGCCACCCGUAAGGGAGAGAAGGAAAAACUGGACACAACCGAGGAGCUAGACACCAAGAAAAAGGAGACAUUAGAAAAAGAUGACGCCCCAAAACAUGACGAGUCCAAACCAGAGGUUCCCAUGAACGGUGACAGCUCAACAGAACCCAAAACAGGAAGUUCAAUAAAGGGUGAACCACAGGUCCCCAUGGAGGACAUCACCAAAGAAUCCAAAAAGGUGUCAGAGGAGAGAAAAAAAGGAAGUCAUUUAAAAGAGAAAAAAGAGAUAGAUCUGAAAGAGGAGAGUGCCUCAACAGAGCAACAGCAGGAUAGCCCAAAAGAAAGUCCCAUCAAAGAGAGAAAAGAGGUAGAUAUGACAGAGCAGAGUGCCCCAACACUGGAGCAGAAACGUGAUCAGAAGGAGCACAGAGAGUCAGACCAACCUCAAGAGGUAGAGAGUGCUGUGACAACACAAGAGGCAGAGUGCGAUGUGAGAACACAAGAAGAGGAUCUCCCUGAGACCACAGAGAAGGACAUGGAAUCCCCUGAUAUCACUGCAGAGCUGAAGAGCAGUUCAACCAAAGCGGCAGUGGAGCAGGUGAAGUCACCAGAUGAUUCUGGUGUAAAAACGACACAGGAUGACACAACAGUAGGAGGUAAAAUUCCAGACGGAAUUCCCAGCACAACAAGUGAGUGGAAGGAAGAGCAUGUGCCAAUGAUUCCUGGAAAGGAGGUGGGUCCGACAGAGCCAAAAGUGAGCAGCAAGGAUUAUAGUGUAAAAAAGGUUGAGCUGAAUGAAUCGAAUGGCAGUGAAAAUUUCACAAAAGAUGUCUCAACAGCUGAGGAAAAAAUGAAAGAAUCUGAGAUAUCACAUAAACCAGACACAACCGUCACCCCUAAAGAAGACACAUCCCCUAAACCAGACCCCACUGUCACUCCUAAAGAAGAAACAUCCCCUAAACCAGACCCCUCUGUCACCCCUAAAGAAGAAACAUCCCCUAAACCAGACCCCACUGUCACCCCUAAAGAAGAAACAUCCCCUAAACCAGACCCCUCUGUCUCCCCUAAAGAGGAAAUAUCCCCUAAACCAGACCCCACUGUCACCCCUAAAGAGGAGACAUCCCCUAAACCAGACCCCACUGUCACCCCUAAAGAGGAAACAUCCCCUAAACCAGACCCCACUGUCACCCCUAAAGAGGAAACAUCAAAACCGGACCCAACCAUCACCCCUAAAGUAGAAACUUCCCCUAAACCAGACACAACCAUCACCCCUAAAAAGGAAAUAUCCCCUAAACCAGACUCAACUGUAACCCCUAAAGAAGAAACAUCUCCUAAACCAGACCCCACUGUCACCCCUAAAGAAGAAACAUCCCCUAUACCAGACCCAACUGUCUCCCCUAAAGAGGAAACAUCCCCUAAACCAGACCCCACUGUCACUACUAAAGUGGAAAUAUCCUCUAUACCAGACCCCACUGUUACCCUUAAAGAGGAGACAUCCUCUAUACCAGACCCAACCAUCAUCCCUAAAAAGGAAAUAUCCCCUAAACCAGACUCAACUCUCACCCCAGAAUCAACGACCACCCCUAAACCAGACUCAAGCCUCACCCCAGAACCAACUACCACCCCUAAACCAGACUCAAACCUCACCCCAGAAUCAACAACCACCCCUAAACCAGACUCAUUCCUCACCCCAGAAUCAACAACCUCCCCUAAACAAGACUCAACCCUCACCCCAGAAUCAUCGACCACCCUUAAACCAGACUCAACCCUCACCCCAGAAUCAACGACCACCCCUAAACCAGACUCAAACCUCACCCCAGAAUCAACGACCACCCCUAAACCAGACUCAACCCUCACCCCAGAAUCAACGACCACCCCUAAACCAGACUCAACCCUCACCCCAGAAUCAACGACCACCCCUACAGAAGAGAGUGAAACGAUCAGCAGUGGUGACAAAGCUAAGACAAUCACACCACCAGAGAAACAGGUGUCUGCAGUUGCAGAGAGCAUGGAUUCACACAGGGAGGCGCCAGGGAGCAACACAACUCAGGAGAAACCAGAGGAAAGUAUGGCCAAAGAGCCUGAGAAGGUUACAGAUCCCAAAGAUGAAACCCCAAAGACAGAGAGCGUGAAGACCAAGUCCUCUGAGUUAAAACCUGAACAUGUGGAGAUAUCUAUUACAAAGACAUCUCCAGUGAAAGAACAGGAUGUAUCAGACGUAGGUUUGAAAGAGAAAACAGUUGAUGGGAAGAUAACAGAACAGGCGCAAUUUAAAAUAGACGAGAACGGCUUUACAGGAGGUGAUGGAGAGAGCAAAGAUGACAAAACUUUGAAGAAGACAACAGGACAAGAUGCUGAGCCAAUCGCAGAGAUGCAAGCUAAACCUAAAACGUGGGACUUAACCUCUUUUUAG